AUGGCGGUACAGUUUAUACUGUGUUUUAAUAAGCAAGGUGUGGUGCGGUUGGUGAGAUGGUUCGAUGUACACAGUUCGGAUCCUCAACGUAGCCAAGAUGCCAUUGCGCAAAUUUACAGACUCAUAUCUUCCAGAGAUCAUAAGCACCAGAGCAAUUUCGUAGAGUUUUCUGAUUCGACAAAACUCAUAUACAGGAGGUACGCGGGUCUGUAUUUUGUUAUGGGCGUGGACUUGCUUGACGAUGAGCCCAUAUAUUUAUGCCACAUCCAUUUGUUCGUGGAAGUGCUAGAUGCAUUUUUCGGUAAUGUUUGUGAACUGGAUAUCGUGUUCAAUUUUUACAAAGUCUAUAUGAUAAUGGAUGAGAUGUUUAUUGGGGGGGAAAUACAAGAAAUUUCGAAAGAUAUGCUGUUAGAAAGAUUAAGUAUUUUAGAUAGACUAGACUAG